AUGGCAGCGGACCCAAAAUGCUGGGGCGAAGGCAGUCACUGCCGAUCAAUCCUAGUGCAUCUCGCGAUGGCGAACUGCGAGGGCGAAUUCCCCCGGCAGUCCUCCGUUAGGGCUCCUCCGCGGACGGUGGAGUCCCGGGAACGAAAGUCGGGCUAA